UCCCCCACCCGAAGACAAAACAGAGAAGAAAAUGAAGAAAGAAAAGCAGAAACGUGAAUUUUCUCUUCUUUGAGCCGUCUGAAACCAAACAGCAUGAUGUCGUGCAUAACAGAAGCCUGUGCUAAAGCUGUGCACUCCCCUCUGCACAUAUCAUCUCUCUCUCUCUCUCUCUCUCCCUCCUCUCUCUCUCUCUCUACGCUACCAACCAUAAAACCCCACCUCCACCACCACCCUCCACCACCAGAUAUCAAGAACUCGGCCACCAACUUGCCCUAGCAUUUUCAAGAACUCCCCAGAGAUCAAAGAACCACCUGAUACUGGUGUCUUCCUGCUGCGUGCCCGAUAUGCCGUCGGAGUGCGCCGACCGCAAGCCUGCGAAGGCCCCCCAAGGCCACGGCCACGCGGCCGGGGCUGCUCCCCCGCCGCAGCAGGAGCAGGAGCACCUCCCCUGCCCGCGCUGCGACUCCAUCAACACCAAGUUCUGCUACUACAACAACUACAACUUCUCCCAGCCCCGCCACUUCUGCAAGUCCUGCCGCCGCUACUGGACCCACGGCGGCACCCUCAGGGACAUCCCCGUCGGCGGCGGCAGCCGCAAGAACGCCAAGCGCUCACGCACCGCCCCCUCCUCCUCCGCCUCCGCCGCCGUCGUGCUCCCCGGCGUCGCUCCUCCCGACCACCACUUGUCCGCCGCCUCCCUCCUCCUGCCCUUCGCCGCGGGCCACGGCGGGUCCGUACACCUCGCCGCCGGCGAUGGUAACGGGAAGCCGAGCUUGAACGUGUGCGGGAGCUUCACUUCCCUGCUGAACGCUCACGGGCCUCCUGGGUUCCUGGCCCUGGGCGGGUUCGGGCUCGGGCUCGGGCCGGGCGGGCUCGACGACAUGGCGUUCGGGCUCGGGAGAGGGGUCUGGCCCUUCCAGGGUGUGGGAGACGGUGGCGCCCACGCCGUAGGGGGCAAUGGCGGGCCGGUGGGGAUCGGGAACGCGUGGCAGUUCGAGGGCGGCGAGGAGGGCGGGCUCGUGGGCAGCGCUGGCGGCGGAGGCGGCGAUUCGUGCUUCUCCUGGCCGGGCCUGGCAAUCUCCACCGCAUGGAGCGGCCUCAAAUGAGCGUUGUUACAUGUUACAUUCCCAUCUCUUCCUCUUCAAUAUUACUCUCUUUCUUUUUUCCUUAUAGAGUUUUUUAGGGUUUAAUCAGUUUGCUAGGUGUGAAAAGAAAAGAAAUGCAAGAUCUUUUAGAGAUAUGUCCGAUCCCCAUCUCCAUGUAAUUUGAGGAGUUUAUGCUGUACCGUUUUGUUGAUGCUUGUAUGGCAUGGAAAAUUUGCUCUUUAA